UGUUGCCAGAGAUCCUGCCAGGCCUAGACUUCCACCAAAUGAGUGUCUCACUAACUUUUGUUAUAGAGUGAGCAUGUUUGAAACUUCAGCCUCAGAAUCACGCUCGUCAUCUAUAACCGAUCCUUGUCGUGUUUUCUUAUAUGGUGCUUAACGGCCAACUAACAAAUUCCUAAUGCUAGUCCUCGAAUUGAUGCUCUAUUUUACGCCGAUGGCCCAGAUGUCUAUAACACAGGGAUCUUCGCGGAUAGUAAUGAGAUAGACAGGUUGUUUCUCUCUGACGAAGAGCGGAUGGAAAAUUUUACGGGCAUGGAGUUCUGGAAAUUUGGUCCCCUCAAUCGAUACGUGAAGUUCUCUGAUCGAACCGGUUUCAUCCCUGGAGGGCACAGAAAGCUCGCGCCUGCACACGGUGUUCAACAGAUUGCCCAGCUGAUUGCUGAAAGGGAGAUGAUAGUGCCGGAUGAAAAUAGUUGGUUUUCGUUCUUCAAGAAAGACCGAUGGUACAAUGGGGACUACAACGAACCGUUACUCAAUUCCCAGCCGUGGAGUAUAGAUCAUCCAUUGGUAAAAUUGAAUCUAAGCAUUGCACUGGAAUUAGCAAAUAGGAUGUUGUCAGCACUCAUACAGGAGCAGCACCCGUUUAUAAAUACCCUUCUCUUUGGUUACAUUGGCUUCUGGGCCACAGUGUCUGACUUGCUGAAACCGGGAUCCGCCGAUCACGACAAAUACACAUACCAUAUAGUAUUGCUCUCCUAUGCACGAUAUCAAGAAGAUGAGAGCACCUGCGACCCAGCUUUAAAAGAUUAUAUGGAGAAGGCUAUGGCUCGUUCUCCCAAUGAACAUAAAGCAAGGCUCGAAACACUGCUGAGAACACAGAAAUGGGGCUUUGAGGCAAUGGAGGAUCAUACUGAAGCCAUAACCUUUGAUGCCCAUGAUUACAUCAUUACAUUCAAUUCUUUCCAACUAACGGCGCUGCUUGACCCGGAAAUUACUUUAGCUGAGCGCUGUGUGAAAUUAGUUCACAUAGCGGUAACGAUUUUACAUGAAUUAUGCCACAGUGUUACGAGACGUAGGGUUGAGACGGACGUAUCUAGAAGCCCUGGACAGAAUUACGUUGAACCUUGGUUGGACUUUGGUAGCUCAUCCGAGAUUGGGAAUGCAUUCGAGCAGGCGGUCUUUGGUGGCGUGCAAUGCACAGCAAAUACGUCAUGGCGCAACCGAGUUCCUCUAGCUAUUCACACGCGGACCUGGCCCUCUCCUUGGGCAGACCUGGGAUUUUCUGAUAGUACAGACCGGUUGGUAAGAGGAAAUUCAGAUUUCGACAACGGCCGCGUUUACAGAAGAACCCUCUUGCCUGCUGAAUAUUCUUCCAAGUUGUUAUCGGAGGAAUUUUGGAAAAAUCAAGCCAUUCCCCGGAAAAGCGAUAAGUUCUUCCAUAGGAACCCAAUCUUCGUUAGUAAAAGUAUUAGAGGUCCAGAGCACUACAGGGGUAUGCGCCGCAAAUGGUCCGAAAUACUGAAGCCUGUGGAAAUUGAUUCUGGCGUCGACGUCGACGCGCUGAGCCCCUCCGAACAGGACAUGGUUUUCGAGUGGCGUCGUAACGAAUACUUAUGGAAUCGCUCACGUGAGAAGUGGUAUGACUCGGAAUUUGCAGUGUGGAGUAGGACACCGUGGGCCAGACGAAGUGUACGACACCAAAUCGCUUCUUUUAAAUACGCAUACCAGAAGAGGGACCUUGCCCUUUGCUCUAUGACUGCGGGCCACCUUGCUCACGAUUACAUCCCUUAUAAUGAUGCAACCACUCGGCAAAAAUAUCUAGACCUUGUGACACGGUCACCAGAAAAGACGAUAUUCCAUAUGAUUGGCUUGCUCAUGUUAGCAGCAAUCCCCAUUCGAUACUUUACCAAAAAAUUACAAGCGCGGGGCGAUGCUAUAACUGGCGUGUCGGUGUUAACUCCAAGCUCUGCGGCGGCAGGCCUACCCAUUAUCAGGAAAGAUAUUGAAACAUGGAGACCGAAACGUGUGAUAGAGGAAAGCUACUUUUACGACACAAUAACUUCCCCAGGCGAGGAGUCGCCCGAUCGAUUCGGCCACCUGGGCUACCUGGAUGUAGUGCGCUUGAUUAUACAGCAUCUGGCUUUGAAAGGGAUCCCGGUAUCAACGCCAUGGUUGAAUGAAAUUCUGCGCGUAGAAAAAUCCCAGCGAGAGAUCCGGAAGAUUACAGAUUCGAUAGUUGCUCCUGGGUUUCACGCGUAUGCAACCUGGAGCGGCAAUUGGGAUUUUGAACUACCACAGUAUGACCCGAUUGGUAUGAGUUAUUGGCCAGGACGACCGCAUUUAGAGUGGAUGAGCGUACCUUCUCGGUAAUAUUAAAUGCUCUCGCUAGCUAAGUUCUAUUUAAGGAAUAAUUAAGCGGUAUGCUAAAGGACGAAGCUAGAUCUGCAGUAGGUCCCACACUACGUGUACAGUAUUCAGCUGUUGCCAGGCCCACCUUCAGCUGGCUACGACAUCUGCACACUGUAUACACCUGAAAACACACCUAAAUCGAGGGUCGGAAGGUGUAAGGUUAUCGUAGGUUGCU